AUGACACGGCAGGCCGCAUGCAUGACGCCGGCUAGUUAUUGCAAAGACAACUUGAUGUGGAUAUUCCGCCGCAGCGCCCAGCCUGUUCGCUCAAUUCCUAAGCCUCGAACGCCGCAUCCCAUGGAUCAGUACAUGUAUCACCCCAGACCUUAUCUGAUGCACAAUACAGUUCUCAACCCAAUUCUUGGCUCGCGUUCGGGCAUCUCGGUUCUAGAGAUUGGACCUGGACCGCGGAGCGUGCUUGAAGAUCUGCCCCGUGAUAUGAAGCGAAAGAUCAAACGGUACACUGCUUUUGAGCCAAAUAGUCUGUUUGCUUCAAGAUUAGAAGCAGGUCUUCUAUCAACUGAGGAGGCUGCCCUGCCAUGUCUUGAGACGGGCCCCGACAUUAGGAAGGCUCCGUUCGAUCCUGAGAAUUCACUCAAGGCCCUGGGAGACGAUAAGUUUGAUAUCAUUCUGUUUUGUCACAGCAUGUACGGCAUGACCCCUAAAGAGGACUAUAUCUGUGCCGCACUUGGUCUUCUCGACGAACACACAGCAAACAGCAGAGCCAUACUUUUCCGUAGAGAUGGCCCGCUCGGCCUGGCUAGUCUGGUCCCUCAUCAAACCUUCAACUUCCAGACCGGUAAAGUUCGCGUGGCAGACACCAAUGAUUCGGUCGACUCUUUCGCCUCAUUCAUUGCAGGCUUUGUGCCAAAGUCUGACAAAGUUCUACAAGAAUGGCGGGAAAAUUGCCGCGCAGUCGGCCGCCGCGACAUUGACGACCUCGUCUUCGCUGCGCCUGAUAUCAUGAUGACCUUCUCGCGACACUCGACCGCGCUACCAGAAUUGACUUCACAGUUGCCGGUAACUGCUGGGGACGUGCAUGUCAAGAACCGGGAAGCUCGUCUCUAUUGUCCCGCCUCUAUGAUCAGACCAGGACACAUUCAUCAAGUUCAGGAGUGUGUUCGAUGGGCUUUGGAGCACCGAACUGCGUUGACAGUCGUGGGUGGUGGACACAGCGGUCAUUGUGUCUGGCCUCAAACUGUCGCCAUUGACAUGAGCGCCUUCAAUCAUGUCCAUGUUGUUACAGGGGAAGCUGGACGCCUGGUCAUGGCCGGUGCCGGUAGCAAGACGGGAGACAUCAUCCGCGAGACCAUGGCAAAGGGGCUCACUGUGCCUCUGGGGUCUCGGCCAAGUGUUGGAGCAGGCUUGUGGCUUCAAGGCGGCAUCGGACAUCUGUCCAGGCUCCACGGGCUCGCUUGUGACGCUAUUGUUGGUGCGCUUGUCGUCAGCGUCAACUCGGCAAAGAUUCUAUGCAUCGGUCAUGUACCUGCGCAACACCAGCCAAUCGGUGCCAUACGCCCAGAGAACGAGGAAGGACUGCUAUGGGCUAUCAAAGGAGCGGGAACCAACUUUGGGAUCGUCAUUAGCGUUGUUUUUGCGGCACAGCCGGCCCCAGCGUUCUUGGUCAGGAACUGGGUCAUACCGCUGCGUGACGGCGAUGAGGCGCAACGCAAGCUUGCCGAGUUUGACCGGGGUAUUGCCAGUCAACUUUCUCGGCAUAAUUCUGCUGACGCUUAUCUAUACUGGAACACUGGAAAACUCCAUCUCGGCGUUACCAUGUACGAAGCUUCGACUGCUGGGGAAGUGCCUAGAACACCCAUGCCUAUCUCCACACCCGUGGCCACGAUUCUGGGUCCGGAGCACAACAGCAAGAUCGUUGACAGCGUCAGCCUCUUUGAGACUGAGAUGUACAUGUCAGGUAUGCACGGCGGUCACGCUGGAGGCAAGACAUCUUCGUUCAAACGCUGCCUAUUCCUCAAGGAUAUCGGAAGUGCCAUGGUUGCAAACGCGUUAGCAUCAGCCGUCCGGACUCGCCCCUCUCCGCUCAGUUACCUUCACCUCCUCCAAGGCGGCGGAGCAAUCCGUGACGUGCCGGUAUCAGCCACCGCCUUCGGCUGCCGUGACUGGGACUUUGCCUGCGUCAUCACCGGUGUCUGGCCCCGCGCGCAAGACGGAUCUGUUGCUGCCCGGGUGGCGACGGAGUGGGUCUACACCGUCGCCGAGACCUUGCUACCGUUCAGUACCGGAGUUUACGGUGCCGACCUUGGACCGGAUCCCCGGGAUGCAACGCUGGCAGCUAGAGCCUUCGGUUCAAACGGUCCUCGUCUAGCUCGCCUCAAAUGUCUUGCAGAUCCACGUCGUGUACUUGCUUACACCUGCCCUCUUCCACUGCGACCAACUGAACCAGGCCUCAUUAUCGCGGUUACUGGGGACAGCUGUGCCGGCAAAGACUACUGCGCUAAGAUCUGGGGUGACUUUUUCAACCGAUGUGGCAACAUUGCGCGUGUUGCCAGUAUAAGCGAUACCAUCAAGCGGGAGUUCUCGGCGGUUGCGGGUGUGGACUUAAAUCGAUUGCUCAGCGACCGAGAGUAUAAGGAGAAGCACCGGCCGGGCUUGACGGCGUUCUUCCAUGACCGCGUACGUGAGAACUCUCAUCUACCAGUGGAUAACUUCCUAAACGUUGUCUACGGCGCUGCUAGUGCGGAUGUACUGCUCAUUACAGGCAUGAGGGAUGAGGCACCUGUCGCAACUUUGGGCCACCUCGUGCCGAAUAGCAGACUGAUUGAGGUUCGGAUCAGCGCCGGAUCUGGUGUCAAACAACGUCGGCAAGGAUUCUGCAAUGACACAGAAGGUCGCGAUGACUCACAGAAGGAGGAUGGCAAGCGAGCAACGCGUGUAAGGGACUGCAGGCCCAACUUGUCAUUCCACAACAACAUCGCGGGAAGUGACAAUGCGAGAGCCUUUGCAGAGAAUCGUCUCUUCCCAUUCAUACAUCAAGACCUAAAACGGCUAAGCGAUAUGGUGCGUAUCGUACCAGACUUCCCAAGUCCUGGCAUCGACUUUCGCCACAUCCUCGACAUUGCCCAGACACCGGGUGGUCUGGCAUUAUGCACCUCUCUCUUCCAGUCUCACUUCACGGGAAUUUGGUCAAAUGUCAACGCCAUUAUCAGCUGCGAGGCGGGCGGCUAUAUCUUUGCGUCAGCACUGGCGUUGCAGGUUGGUCUACCCUUGGUCCCGAUCCGAGAGGCCGGCAAGCUACCGCCGCCGGUUGUUUCUGUCGCCAAGUCUGUGUCCCACAUCUCAUCGGGGCCGAACAUGCUGGGAGGGAGAAGAUUUGAGAUGGAUCAAGAUGUGAUUCGGAGUGCAACGUCAGUUCUGAUUGUAGAUGACGUGUUCGCAUCUGGAGAAACAGUUUCCCGUGCCAUCAAGAGAAAUCUGAAGUGGGAAUUUGAUGAAGGGCAGGAAGGCAACAAGAUGAUCAUGCCUUGGCUUUGUCUAUUGACGGUGCUGUUAGACAUGUUGGUUAAGAAGUAUGCGUUUUGGAUGACCAUUCUCUUGGUCUGGAAGGAACUGGAUUGGCCGCCGCCGUUGGAAGUGACUAGUCGCGCGAGUAGCGAGGAGACAAAGAAUGUUAGACGUGUUCUUCCAACUCCGUUUACCCCGCUCCGUAAGACCCCCAACACUCUCCGUCCUUUUUACCCCGCGUAUCUAUCCAAGGCUUUCAUCUUGACCAUCAUCACAUUUCAGCAAAAAAUGACCAAAUCAGAGCUUCAGUACUGGGCUCCAAGUGGGGCCAUCUUUCCCGGAGGGCCCAGUACAUGGUACAUUCUCAGUGAUGACCAGAGAAGAAUAAUAGCAGUCACUAUGGAUGGGCAGCAAGAAAGCGAGGAUCUAGCCGUGGAAAUCCUCAAGAAAAUUAUCGAUACUCUGCCGGCUGAUGUGUACGCAAUCAAAGUCUCUCCAGAAGGGAGUUUGGUUUCCAUGUCCAACGACCCCGAAGAUGACGAAACCUUUUGCGUAUAUUAUCCGCCUCUAGAGGAGGUCCAACGGCCUGAGGGUAUCAGAAUAAUCAUUCGCUCUGAGCUCAAGGAAAUUGAUCGGCUCGGUCCCGACACUGAUCUUGUGUCGUAUCAGCUACAUCCAAACGACAAUGAACCAAUGAAAGUCGUCUUCAAAUACUACUUUAUUUUCCAGUUCAUUCAAAGGGUUUGGAAUGAACUGAAUCUGUGGAUGCGUCUCCCUCGGCACCCAAAUAUUGUUCCUUUCGAUCGGCUGGUGGUGGAUGAACUGAAGGGCCGCGUUGUUGGGUUCACAAGUGUAUUUAUUCCUGGCGGAACACUUGAGGAUGACCAAUCCCGCGUGUUCAAACUCAGAUGGUUCGAGCAGUUGACUAAUGUCGUGGACGUUCUCAACCUGAAGCACGGCAUCAUGCAUCAAGAUAUUGCUGCAAGGAAUCUAUUAGUCGAUCCGUCGACAGAUAGCUUGCAGCUGUUUGACUUCAACUUCUCGGGCCGCAUCGGAGGUCCCUGUUAUAUCGAAAAUCGGAACGAUGUCAAUGGUGUUAUCUUCACCCUGUACGAGAUCAUUACUCGCGAUGACCAUUUCAGGCAUGUGCCCCACGAGGAACAGAACCCGGAUGAUGUUCAAGGGCUGUCCACGUGGCCCAAGCAUCCAGAGGUACAGCUCGACCAUCCGGUGUCGGAAUAUCGAUCAUAUCUCAAUCGCUGGGUGAAAAGGAGGCGGGAAGAGAAAGGUAUCUCUGUUUAUACGGAAGCGCCAGAGCCAAUAGACUGGCCUCCGCUCCAAACUCCGAGAAGAGAGUACACCGCCGUUGAUAAGGAAGGAAAUGAAACUGUCCAGCUGAAAACGGAUUGGAGCAGAUUACGCCGCAACGAGAGAAAGGAAGGCAACAUCACGCUGGAAUGGCAACGCCCACCGCGGAACAAAGUUUUGCAAGAUGAUAGGAGUUAA